AUGGGAGACAUCACGAUUACCGGCUGGGUCACGCGGGAUGUGCGGUUUCCCACAUCGCUCGACAAGACAGGCUCCGAUGCCAUGAAUGCGGCCGGCGACUACUCGUCUGCGUACUGCAUCCUGCAGACCGAUUCAGCGUUUACCGGCCAUGGCAUGACAUUUACCAUUGGCCGGGGCAACGACGUUGUCUGCGCGGCCAUCAACCACGUAGCCGACCGUAUCAAGGGCAGAACCCUCUCGAGCCUGGUCGACCACUGGGGCAAGACGUGGCGGCACCUCGUCAACGACAGCCAGCUGCGGUGGAUUGGGCCUGAGAAGGGCGUCAUUCACCUGGCCCUAGGCGCCGUCGUCAACGCUAUCUGGGACCUGUGGGCCAAGGUACUGGGCAAACCCGUGUGGCGCAUUGUGGUUGACAUGACGCCCGAGCAGUUCGUUGACUGCAUCGACUUUCGCUACAUCACCGACGCCAUCACGCCCGAGGAGGCCGUGGCUAUGCUCCAGGAGACGGAGCCCGGCAAGACAGAGCGCCUCCGGGACGCCGAGAACAGCCGCGCCGUGCCCGCCUACACCACCAGCGCCGGCUGGCUUGGCUACGGCGAAGACAAGAUGAAGGGCCUGCUGCAGGAGACACUGGCCAAGGGCUACCGGCACUUCAAGCUCAAGGUGGGGUCCAGCUUGGAACAGGACCGGCGCCGGCUGGCCAUCGCCCGCGAGGUCAUCGGCUACGACAAAGGCAACGUGCUCAUGGUAGACGCCAACCAGAUAUGGUCGGUGCCCGAGGCGAUCGAGUACAUGAAGCAGCUGGCCGAGUUCCGGCCCUGGUUCAUCGAGGAGCCCACGUCGCCCGACGACAUCCUGGGCCACAAGGCCGUGCGCGAAGCGCUCCGGCCGCACGGCAUCGGCGUCGCGACGGGCGAGAUGUGCCAGAACCGUGUCGUCUUCAAGCAGAUGCUCAUGGCCGGCGCCAUCGACAUCUGCCAGAUCGACGCCUGCCGCAUGGGUGGGGUCAACGAGGUCCUGGCCGUCAUGCUCAUGGCCAGGAAGUUCGGCGUGCCCAUCGUCCCGCAUUCGGGCGGCGUCGGCCUGCCCGAGUACACGCAGCACCUCAGCACCAUCGACUACGUCGUCGUCAGCGGCAAGCUGUCGGUUCUCGAGUACGUCGACCACCUCCACGAGCACUUCCUGCACCCCUCCGUCAUCAACAACGGCUUCUACCAGACCCCCAUGGACCCGGGCUACAGUGUCGAGAUGAAGCCCGAGAGCAUGGACCGCUUCUCGUACCCUGGCGCCGAGGGCAGCUGGUGGAGGAGUGGUGAGGCAAAGUCCAUCCUAGAAGGCGAGAAGAUAUAA